UAGUAAACAUUGGUCUCACAGACAGACAGUACAAGUGCAAUUAAAUUUGUGAAAUAACUAGUGUUUCUCGAUUUUGAGUAGUUUUAUUUUAAUAUAUAGGUAUAUUUGUUGUGAAUUCAAUGUAAAGUGAAAUAUGUCGUGGUUUCAAGAUUUAGCUGGGAAAGCAGAAACUAUUUUAACGAAAAUUGAUCAAAAUGCAGCUACAGUGCUACAACAGCCGUCUCGCUUGCCUGAGGAAAAUGCUGAUGUGGAUGUUUUAGAUCAGCUAGUAGAAGUAACAAGCGAUCUGGAUAAUUCAAAUACAAAUGUGUCAAUUAAUAUCACAAAACCUCCAUUGGUUAAAAUUACGUCACUUGGUACUAAACCAUCUGCAAAAGACUCAAUUAAAUCCUCAUACGAAAAAGGAUUAGAAGAUGAUGGGACCGACCUUGAAAGUGUUUCUGUAAAAUCAGAAAAACUUACUUCAUCGCGUCGAAGCUCAUUUGGCUCGAAAAAGGAUGGGACAGUGGUCGAGUUUGUUGCCCAGUCUGCCCGCAAUAACAUAAUGACAAAUAAUUUGUCCGUAGAAAAAGAAUUGGCUGCUACAAAAAUCAUUCUCGCGCAAAUAAAGUCAGAGAGAGAUGAGUUGAAAAGCGAACUUGACGGUAUUCAGUCACAGUUUUCGAUCUCGGAUGUUAAGACAAAACUAGAAAAGUUAGAAACACAGUACCAAGUUCUACUUGAAGAAAAAAAUGAGCUGUGUAAAAAGCUUUCAAAUGCAGAGGAAACUAAUGGAAAGUACAUAAAAUCGAUUUCUGAAUUGGAAUCAAUAGUAUCGAAACAUUUGCAAAUCGAACAGGAGUUGAAACAGAAAUUGGAAAUGGCCAAUAUGGAAACAAAUAGCGCUACCAUGGAAUUACAACAAUAUCGUAUUAGAGCUCAUGCUACCUUGCAAUUAAAAGAGCAAAUGAUUGAGCAGCUUAAAAACAAUCAAACGCUAGAUGGAAUUGAAGAUGAUAAUAAACCAAAUCAGAUUGUUCUAAUAGAACUUGAGCAACUAAGAAGAGAGAAGCAUGGUCUUCUAGAGGAAAUUAUUUCUGCAAAUAAAAAGUACGAUAAUUCAAAAGCUUUCUGGCAGAACAUGGAAUGCCAACUUAAGGAAACAAUACGUAGAAUGGAAGAAAAAAAUGAUGAUUUGCAACGUAAUGUCAGCGUCCAAUCAACAAAGGCACUACAAGUAGAAGAUGAUCUGAAUAUUCGACAAAAGGAACUUAUAUCCACUAGGGAAGAGAUUGCAAAACAGCGAACUGCGUUUUCUUUAAAAAUUCACGAAAAAGAAACAGAAAUUGCGAAAUUACGCAGCCAAAUUCAGAAGCUUCCAUCAAGUCCUGCGGCGGACCUUGAACAGCGUUUAAACUCACUAACGCAAUCGUUAGUGCACAAGCAAACAACAUUAGAAACAAUUACGGCUGAGCGGAACGCUCUUCGGCUUCAGUUGGAGAAAUUGGAGACCCAAUACCGUAGCACAGUUUCACAAGUUCGACAACAGCGUGUACCCUACAUGAGUUCUAAUGAAACAGAUGACGCUAAAUCUCAAGUGCCAAAUUUUAUGGUGGAAAACCCAUUUGACAACAAAGUAGCUAGGAGAGUUAAAAGGGCGUAUUCUUCGUUAGAUUCCGCAGGCAUAAGACUGGGAGUAUUUAUGCGCCGUUAUCCAUUGAUACGCAUUAUGGUUAUUAUAUACGUUGCAAUUCUACAUUUAUGGGUAAUGUUUGUCUUGUUAUCAUCCACUCCGUCUUAAAUAAAAAGAGUAAAAUGCAAAAC